CCGUCUACUGUCGGAAAUUACAUUGACCUUGUACUGUUGAUUCAGAUUCCCGCCCCCUCUCUAUAUAAUUAGGCUGCAUGGAAAUUCUCAAUAUCAUCUCACAAACAUCAAAUUGAGGGCAUGGCAUCGAGUUCACUGAGUUCACGUCGGCCCGAUUCCUGGACACCCCAGGAGAACAAGCUCUUUGAGAAGGCACUCGCUCGGUUCGACCAGGACACACCCGACCGGUGGCAAAACGUCGCCAGGGAAGUCGGCGGCGGAAAAUCGGCGGAGGAAGUCAAAAGGCACUACGACGUUCUGAUGGAGGAUCUCCGGCGGAUAGAAUCCGGCCACGUGCCAAUUCCCAACUACGCCACCAGGAACUCUACGCCGUAAGAAGAAAGAAGGCAUAUUUCUAAUACUAAUUAAAGCUCCUUUUUUUCCCCAUGAUAUAUCAUUUUUUUGGAAG